AUGGACAACCUCACGGCCUUCACGGAGUUCCUGCUCAUGGACAUCUCCAGCUCCCGGCAGCUGCAGCUCCUACAGGGGGCGCUGUUCCUGGGGGUCUACCUGGGGGCCCUGGCCGGGAACCUGCUGACCAUCGGGGCCAUCGUGUCCGACCCUCGCCUGCACGCCCCCAUGUACUUCUUCAUCACCAACCUGUCCUUCAUCGACCUCUGCUGCAUCUCUGUCACUGUCCCCAAACUCAUCGUCAACUCCCUUGCGGGCAGCUCGGCCAUCUCCCUCGCGGAAUGCGCCACCCAGAUCUUCCUGCAGAUUGUAUUUGCUUCAACCGAGCUGGCGUUCCUGGUGGUGAUGUCCUACGACCGCUAUGUCGCCAUCUGUCACCCGCUGCACUACGGGCAGACGGUCACCCCCCGCAUGUGCACGCAGGCGGCCGGGGGCUCCUGGGCCACGGGGCUGGUCUAUUCCAGCAUCCACACGGGCAACAUGUUCCGGCUGCCCUUCACAAAGUCCAACGUCAUCCACCAGUAUUUCUGCGACAUCCCUCAGAUCUUGAGGAUCUCGGCGCCGGAGGUCCAGUUCUGUGAGUUUGUCCUUCUCUCGGUCAGCGCUGGCAUCGACGUGGGCUGUUUCACGUCCCUGGUCCUGUCCUAUGUGAGGAUAUUCUCUGCGGUGCUUCAGAUGCGGUCAGCAGAGGCCCGCAACAAGGCCCUGUCCACCUGCACCCCGCAGCUGCUCAUCCUCGUCCUGUUUGUGGUUUCCGGACUCAUGGCUGUCUUAGGUCCAAUCGCAGAUAAACCUUCUCUUUCGAGUUUGCUGAAUGCGGUGUUCUACAUCAUGGUACCCCCAUUCCUGAAUCCCGUCAUCUACAGCCUGCGGAACCGGGACAUUGGCCAUGCACUCGCGAGACUGUUCAGUAAAAACCUGAAGCUCCAGUGCCCUCGUUUUCUUGAUUAG